CAGGCUGAUAGUUCUGACUCGUUAUCAGAUUCGAAGUAUUGAAGGAGUUACAGUGUACACAAUCAAUCAGGGCUUAGUUAUUAAGUUUUAUUCUUUAGUCCAGUUUACGUUGUGUUUGUAAUAAGCCUAAACAUUCACGUGACCAUCUACAGAACAAAGAAACAAUGACGUCUGAGAAAAGUUUACUUACAUUUCUGCUAAUAAUUACCAUAGCUACAGUUAGUGCAAACAACGACAUUAUAGAAAACACACAUCCCCGAAGUGCAGAUUUCCUUCAAGCGCUUCGCGAAUGCUCACAGCGAUGCCAAACAGGAGUACUCAUUUGUCAAGAACUAACAACUAUUACAAAAACCUAUUACUCCGAGGAAAAAUUCUGCAAUUUCAUAAGCUAUAGUCAAUCGAAUUUGUCCAUUCAUGAUUGCUUAUUGCGUAGUUUGUACUGCUCGAGUGAAGAAUUUGAGAACCUUUCCAUUGCUGCAUGUUCUGAUGUAAUAUCAACACUAACGCCAUCCUCUUUUACAACGAGCUCAACAACACAUCACCGUGGUCCAGAUUUCCUUCAAGCGCUUCGCGAAUGCUCACAGCGAUGCCAAACAGGAGUACUCAUUUGUCAAGAACUAACAACUAUUACAAAAACCUAUUACUCCGAGGAAAAAUUCUGCAAUUUCAUAAGCUAUAGUCAAUCGAAUUUGUCCAUUCAUGAUUGCUUAUUGCGUAGUUUGUACUGCUCGAGUGAAGAAUUUGAGAACCUUUCCAUUGCUGCAUGUUCUGAUGUAAUAUCAACACUAACGCCAUCCUCUUUUACAACGAGCUCAACAACACAUCACCGUGGUCCAGAUUUCCUUCAAGCGCUUCGCGAAUGCUCACAGCGAUGCCAAACAGGAGUACUCAUUUGUCAAGAACUAACAACUAUUACAAAAACCUAUUACUCCGAGGAAAAAUUCUGCAAUUUCAUAAGCUAUAGUCAAUCGAAUUUGUCCAUUCAUGAUUGCUUAUUGCGUAGUUUGUACUGCUCGAGUGAAGAAUUUGAGAACCUUUCCAUUGCUGCAUGUUCUGAUGUAAUAUCAACACUAACGCCAUCCUCUUUUACAACGAGCUCAACAACACAUCACCGUGGUCCAGAUUUCCUUCAAGCGCUUCGCGAAUGCUCACAGCGAUGCCAAACAGGAGUACUCAUUUGUCAAGAACUAACAACUAUUACAAAAACCUAUUACUCCGAGGAAAAAUUCUGCAAUUUCAUAAGCUAUAGUCAAUCGAAUUUGUCCAUUCAUGAUUGCUUAUUGCGUAGUUUGUACUGCUCGAGUGAAGAAUUUGAGAACCUUUCCAUUGCUGCAUGUUCUGAUGUAAUAUCAACACUAACGCCAUCCUCUUUUACAACGAGCUCAACAACACAUCACCGUGGUCCAGAUUUCCUUCAAGCGCUUCGCGAAUGCUCACAGCGAUGCCAAACAGGAGUACUCAUUUGUCAAGAACUAACAACUAUUACAAAAACCUAUUACUCCGAGGAAAAAUUCUGCAAUUUCAUAAGCUAUAGUCAAUCGAAUUUGUCCAUUCAUGAUUGCUUAUUGCGUAGUUUGUACUGCUCGAGUGAAGAAUUUGAGAACCUUUCCAUUGCUGCAUGUUCUGAUGUAAUAUCAACACUAACGCCAUCCUCUUUUACAACGAGCUCAACAACACAUCACCGUGGUCCAGAUUUCCUUCAAGCGCUUCGCGAAUGCUCACAGCGAUGCCAAACAGGAGUACUCAUUUGUCAAGAACUAACAACUAUUACAAAAACCUAUUACUCCGAGGAAAAAUUCUGCAAUUUCAUAAGCUAUAGUCAAUCGAAUUUGUCCAUUCAUGAUUGCUUAUUGCGUAGUUUGUACUGCUCGAGUGAAGAAUUUGAGAACCUUUCCAUUGCUGCAUGUUCUGAUGUAAUAUCAACACUAACGCCAUCCUCUUUUACAACGAGCUCAACAACACAUCACCGUGGUCCAGAUUUCCUUCAAGCGCUUCGCGAAUGCUCACAGCGAUGCCAAACAGGAGUACUCAUUUGUCAAGAACUAACAACUAUUACAAAAACCUAUUACUCCGAGGAAAAAUUCUGCAAUUUCAUAAGCUAUAGUCAAUCGAAUUUGUCCAUUCAUGAUUGCUUAUUGCGUAGUUUGUACUGCUCGAGUGAAGAAUUUGAGAACCUUUCCAUUGCUGCAUGUUCUGAUGUAAUAUCAACACUAACGCCAUCCUCUUUUACAACGAGCUCAACAACACAUCACCGUGGUCCAGAUUUCCUUCAAGCGCUUCGCGAAUGCUCACAGCGAUGCCAAACAUGAGUACUCAUUUGUCAAGAACUAACAACUAUUACAAAAACCUAUUACUCCGAGGAAAAAUUCUGCAAUUUCAUAAGCUA